GGCAGCGCCCCGAACCAGCCCCACAGGCCGCGGCUCCUCCUCGCCGGUGGCCGCGGCCCCCGGGCGCAGGGCGGGGCCGGGGGAGGGCGGUCCCGGCUGCACCGCCCCCGUCUCCGCUCGGCCUGGGCCCGGCGCGGGGCCGCUGGCGGGCCGGGGAGCGCCAUGGCGCUGGGCUCGGCGUGGAAGCAGAUGUCGUGGCUGUACUACCAGUACCUGCUGGUCACCGCGCUCUACAUGCUGGAGCCCUGGGAGCGCACCGUCUUCAAUUCCAUGCUAGUUUCCAUUGUUGGAAUGGCACUGUACACAGGCUAUGUGUUCAUGCCUCAGCACAUCAUGGCAAUAUUGCACUACUUUGAAAUUGUGCAGUGAUGAAGAACAUGUUUUCAAGAAGUACCUGGGCUUUGAAAUCUGGUCUACAAAGAAGAAUGAACCUCUUAAGUUUUACCAAGAUUUCUACUGAUGUCUGAAAGAAACAAUUAUGACUCUGAAGACUAGGAAAUGAGAUAUGUAGAGCAGGGAUGUGAGAUGUCCCCUAUGUUGUGUUCAUUCCCUUUAAUUUUACAAGAUAUGCCCUUGUAUAGUAGUUUUGUCUACUUUAACAUUGUGAUUGUACUUUGAUAUCAGUAUUUUCUUAACUUUGUGACAGUUUCAAUAUUGCACUGUGAAAGCUUUUCUUAAUUGUAAUUUUGAGUAAAUCUUAAUUGCCUUCUAUUUUUAAUCAGAAAGUCAUCUUAUUAAAUGGGGCUUAAAGCUUUUGCUAUUGUAUGGUAUGUAUUUGCCUGGAUAUUUCUAUUAAUGCAUUUUGUAAGAAAAUACAUUUAGAUUCAUAUUAGAGACAUGGAUAUAUUCAUCUAAUGCUAUUUACAAAAGUUAGUUUGUAUGACUGAACUCAGGUGUACUGUUUGCUGUCCAAACCUUGUACAACAGUAUAUUUGUGCAUAUCACCUAAAUUUGGAAUUAGCAAUUAUUUCAAAUUUCUGUAUUCUACCUGUGGGAGGAGGGAGGGGAGAUGAGGCAUUGAAGCAGAGUGAAGACUGCAUUCAUUAUGUUUGAAGUAGUGCUGUGGUUCUGGACUCUGUCUGGGUGGGGGGCAAAUGGACUUUUCUUUACUGGCAUUGGCCCACAUACGACUUUCGGAUAGCACUUUAAAUCAACUGUUUUUCUAGCUACCAGUUCACUUUUACAGGAUGCUUUAUUAUGUUCCAGUGGCUAUGGUUUCUGCUGAUUUUCACUCAACAGUGUAACUAUGUCUAGAUUUUCAAGGGGUUUUCUAUUGCUGCUAGUGUUCCAAACAUGUUUUCGCUACAACCAACCAAAACAUAGGGAUUUCAAGGGACUUGAGUUACAACUACAGCAAUAAGUAGCUGAAUACUUGGCUGAAGUCCUGUCUUUUUUUUAAUAGGGAUUUUUUUCAGUUUUGUAUUCUGAAAUGUAAGAGGGUAACAACUUAACUUUCCUAAGUGGAGAAUUUUUUUGUUGUUGUUGUUGUUUAAAAAAUAAAAGUUAAAAAGCAGAGCUUUGAUGCAAAA